AUGUCACGACUAAAGAUACCAAGUCAAUUGCUGCGAGGAGGACGCGGGUUCUCGGUGCUGAGCCGUCCAGCGGCCAACUACGCCGGCCACGUCCCUCUGACGCCGGUGGAGAGAUGCACCAUGGCCGUCGGCUCAGCCAUCGGCUCUCUCCUCAACCCACGCCGUCAUGAUUUGAUAGCAACACUAGGCGAAACAACGGCAACGCCGUACUUUAUCUACCGGCUACGAGACGCGAUGCUGUCGGACCCAACCGGCCGGCGCAUCCUUCGAGACCGACCACGCAUCACCUCGCAGACGCUGUCGCUCCCGUACCUACGCAGUCUGCCUCCCACGUCUCUGGGGGCGACGUUCGCCUCGUGGCUGGACCGCGAGGGGGUGAGUCCGGACACACGCAGCCGGGUGCGGUACAUCGACGACGAGGAGUGCGCGUACGUGAUGCAGCGGUACCGGGAGUGCCAUGACUUCUACCACGCGGUGACGGGGCUGCCUAUCGUGGUGGAGGGGGAGCUGGCGCUGAAGAUAUUCGAGUACAUGAACACGGGGCUGCCGAUGACGGGGCUGAGUGCUGCUGCUGUGGUGAGGUUGAAGGGGGCGGAGAGGCAGCGGUUCUGGGACGUGUAUCUCCCGUGGGCGGUGCGGAGCGGGGCGGGGAGCAAAGAGCUGAUAUGUGUCUACUGGGAGGAGCUGCUGGAGCGGGACGUGGGGGAGCUACGGGCUGAGCUGGGCAUCGAGGUGCCGCCUGACAUGAGGGAGAUGCGGCGGCGGCACCGGAAGCAGAAGCAACAGGAGAAGCAGGAGAAGUAG